GGUCCAGUUAAAAGGGUGGGAGAGGCCGGCUCCAUCUCUCGGGCGGAGUCCUCAGACAGCUGGUGCGGCAGUGUCCGGAACAUCCUCUUGGCCUCAAUCAUGGCUUGUGGUCUGGUCGCCAGCAACCUGAACCUCAAACCUGGCGAGUGCCUCAGAGUGCGGGGCGAGGUGGCCCCCGAAGCCAAGAGCUUCGUGCUGAACCUGGGCAAAGACAGCAACAACCUGUGCCUGCACUUCAACCCUCGCUUCAACGCGCACGGGGACACCAACACCAUCGUGUGCAACAGCAAGGACGGCGGCGCCUGGGGGGCGGAGCACCGCGAGCCGGCCUUCCCCUUCCAGCCUGGGAGCGUGGUGGAGGCCUGCGUCUCCAGACAAGGCUCGGUGGGUGUGGGACUCACCAGACCUCACUCUCAGGGACAUCACGGCCACCCAGAGAGCAACAUCUUUAGCACCCUGGCUGCAGAGCGCGCCCUCUGGUGGACAUCAGCGGAAGUGUUUCCUAGGCUUUGUCACUUCACCCACACUGCUUCGCCCAUGCUUGGUUGA